AUGUUUGAUAUAAAGGCUUGGCCUGCAUAUGUUGUGGAGUGGGCUGCAAAGGACCCAUGGGGCUUCUUUACAACAGUCAACGUUUUCCUUACGCCACUGUUUCUAGCUAGUGCUGUACUGUCCUGGAAAUUGGCCGAGAUGAUGGAAGCCAGAGAGAAGGAGCAAAAGAAGAAACAAAAAUAUCAAGAAAACAUUGCAAAAGCUGAACAACUAAAAAUGGAUUGAAGAUGAACAGACUGUGCAAAUAGAGAAAAAUUAUCUGGAAAAUUCCACAGCUUUGGAAGGACUCACUAAGGCUUCAGUCAAUUUUGUGAUAGUAUUAUAUUAUAAAUUAAAUCUGACCGUAUAGAAGAGUUAUGUUCUGACCUAAAUAUUGUAGUAAUUUUUAGGUUUAGAAAUAGAAGUUUGUUGGAACCCACUAACAGGUAUUUGAGUUAGCAGUUACCAUAC